AUGGUUCGUGAUACCGAUUCAAAUAUCUUGUCAGGUGAAAAUACCCCUAACACGGACGAGGAAAGUGUAACAGAGCCUUGGGAAGGCUCUUAUAUCAUUUUAAACCUUUUGGCCACACAUUUUGCUUCACAAGGGGAUACUGAAAAUGAAAUAGAAACCAAUGAAAUUACUCCUGUCUCCUCCGAUGAACCAUCGGAGGAUUUAGAGACCAGUUCGGAAACCAUCUCCACAUCGAGUGACCAGAGUGGCACUGGGUCGGGCGGUUAUAUGACCAUAGGGCCCUCAGUUUCAGGAACAUCGUUUCAGUCUUCUGGAAAAAGCACUUCAUUUGAAAAUCCUUGCGUAGAAUGUACCUCCUUUGAGGAAUUCGCAGGCAUUCCGGGCAGGGAUGAGGUGGGACCUACUAUUUGUGAAAAUGACAAGCCGGAAAUUGGAUUGGAUGUCGACAGCACCCAGGAAGACUAG